AUGGCUCAUGCAUCUAGUAUCCAUACCUAUGCCGACUACGGAAGCUACAUCCAUGUACACAACAAGACCAGCGUCGACAUCGCACUUGAUGACUCUGGUGCAGAAGAGGGCGAAUGGGCUAAGGGAAGUCCACCGAAUACUAUAGAGGCAGGGGGUGAGGGGAUCGUUCAUCUCAAAGAUACUCUUGGAUUUGAUGGAAGCAAGGGCUUCGUAGUGUACGAGCUCUACACACCCAAGGCGAACAAGCGCGUGACAGUACGCCUCGACUUUGCUGAUCCCUACUCCGCCACGGACGAUAACUACUUGUAUGCCAAAUCGAGUAAACCAAACCAGGUGUCUGUCAACGUGUUGAGCUAUCAAAACAAGGGCCAUCCGUUCACCGCGCACGUUGAGAUAUACCUCGCAGGCGACGACGACUACUCAGACAGCGUCGAAGCCCAAUUCAAGAUCGGUUUUGACACCAUUGGUGGGCUCCUCCAUUGGCAGCCCGUCCACGAGGAAAUCGCCAUUGCAGCUUUCAUUCGUUCCAAUCUCCAUUUCCCCAAGGGCACCACAUACAACAAUCUCGACGCAAAGCAGUGGGAGUACGUCCGCGGCCUCGUGUGGCCCGAUGAUCCAUCAUGCCUGCUCUUCAAAAAUCUCAGGGACAACAACAGCACCUUUGAUCUCGGCGAUGAUUUCCUAGGUGAUUUUAACCAUGGAAAAAAGACGUGCAUGACGCAACGCAGCCACUUUGGCGAUCUCCAGUUACUCCACGGCAUGGCCAGCGACGUCAACGAAGAUCCCAAUACGACCAAGAGAAACAUCCUUACCUGGCUAGAAGUCAUGUACAAGCUCGCAGUUGGCAAGGAAGUCAACGAACGCGAUCUACUCUGCGAUAAGCUACCAGGCAGUUUCAAAGCUUCCACCUCAGGCAACCAGACUCUGCGCGACCUCCUCCUCGGCAACACUCCAGAAUACCGCAAGGCAGACAUUUCCCACCGAGCUCUGGGAGUAUGUCUACACAUGAUCCAAGACUCUUACGCAGUUGGUCACACGCUACGCCGUCUCAAGAACCCCAACGAUCUCGCCGGCCGAGACAAGGAUGGCUACGUCACCUUCCUCCCAAAUACCCAUGCGCAGCUCGGCCCCCUCAUAACCUUCCAUACCUAUCUCAACCAAUCCUCGCGCCACGACCACUACGACGACUCCGACUCCGACGACCUCAGCCCCCGCGACCUCAACUCCUUCAACAAGAUAAUCGGCGCCCGCGACGCCAUCGACAAGUGCACCACGCUGAUCAAUUUCUUCGCUGCAAAGACUAGGUGGGAUGAUGGCGUGCGUGAAUUCUUGGAUAAUGAGGUGUAUGAGCUGGAUCAGAGGGUCACGAGGAGUAAUGCGCAGGUUGAUGAGCGGUUUGGGCUGCCGGAUACGUGUGGGGUUCUGGCAGUGGAGAAAGUGGGAGAUAGCAGGGAGGGGGAUGAGGAGUAUACAGCUGGUUUGGAGAGGAAGAUGUUGAUGCUUGAGGGUGGUUUGGCGUAUACUCAGCCACAGGCAAGUGUGGUAAGCUCACUUCGUGGCAAGAUGGUUGGGGUGUUGAAGUACUGUCUCGCCAUCGCCUUGUUUGUUCUUACUUUCAUUCUGUUCAACCUUUUGCCUCACUUCUAGGCUACUCGACAGGCCUGUAUGUUUGCGCUAGUCGAUCCGGGAAAAACAUUCUUAUAAUGUAGAUUUUAAUACUAGCAUAGCAGCUGGGCAACUACCGAGACAUCCACGAGAUCACUUGAAAAUAUUACGGAUGUGCCGGG